CAACAAGUAAACAUACCUAAACACAAAAACACACACACAACCUUUGUGGGUAUACCAAAUGCCAUUGACACUGAUCAUCUAAAAUCUAAACAAUAAAUACAAUGGCUGGAUUACUGGGAACUGCUACUACUACUUCUUCUUCUGCUUUUUUAAGGAGCUCUCAAUCUAUUUUUUCUUCUUCCUCCUCAAAGUCAUCAUUUCGUGCCCUUUCUUUCAAUCCAGGUCAGAUUCAAGGGAGGAGGUUAUAUGGAGGCAUUGGAGUACCCGUAAAGAAAGGAAGGUCUCAUUUUUCAAUCUCAAAUGUUGCCACUGAAAUCAGCCCUGCCCAAGAGCAGGCUCAGAAGCUGUCAAAGGAAAACCAAAGGCCAGUGUAUCCAUUUGCUGCAAUAGUGGGGCAAGAUGAGAUGAAAUUAUGCCUUUUAUUAAAUGUCAUUGAUCCAAAAAUUGGUGGCGUCAUGAUCAUGGGUGACAGAGGAACCGGUAAAUCCACAACCGUUCGAUCGCUUGUAGAUUUACUUCCCGAAAUCACAGUAGUUGCAGCUGACCCGUUCAACUCUGACCCUGAAGAUCCAGAAUCAAUGGGCAUGGAAGUAAGAGAGAAAUUAAUCAAAGGUGAACAACUUCAAACCAUAAAAACCAAAAUUAACAUGGUUGACCUCCCAUUAGGAGCCACAGAAGACAGAGUGUGUGGAACAAUUGACAUCGAAAAAGCUCUUACAGAGGGAGUCAAAGCAUUUGAGCCCGGUCUUCUUGCUAAAGCCAAUAGAGGGAUUUUAUAUGUUGAUGAAGUCAAUCUCUUGGAUGAUCAUUUAGUCGAUGUUCUUCUUGAUUCAGCUGCGUCUGGCUGGAACACUGUGGAAAGAGAAGGUAUUUCAAUAUCACAUCCAGCACGGUUCAUUCUCAUUGGGUCGGGCAACCCAGAAGAAGGUGAGCUAAGGCCACAAUUGCUUGAUAGAUUCGGGAUGCAUGCUCAAGUGGGUACUGUAAGAGAUGCUGAACUUAGGGUCAAAAUUGUGGAGGAAAGAGCCCGUUUUGAUAAAAACCCAAAAGAUUUUCGCGAGACUUACAAAACAGAUCAAGAAAAACUUCAAGACCAAAUUACAGCAGCUAGAAGUCGUCUUUCUUCUGUGCAAAUUGAUCAUGAACUUCGUGUGAAGAUUUCAAAAGUUUGUGCUGAAUUGAAUGUGGAUGGAUUAAGAGGUGAUAUUGUCACAAAUCGGGCUGCAAAAGCUUUGGCUGCUUUGAAGGGGAGAGAUCAAGUGACAUCUGAAGAUAUUGCUGUUGUGAUUCCGAAUUGUUUGAGACACAGGUUAAGGAAGGAUCCUUUGGAGUCUAUUGAUUCAGGUCUACUCGUUAUUGAGAAAUUCUAUGAAGUUUUUAGUUGAGCAGGAUAAAAUUUUGUGUUUGUAUUCGUGACAAUAUGAUGGUUCCAUAUGAUACACUUUGACAAAAUGUAGAUUGGUUUAUUGAGAGUUAUCUGCUAGUUCCAGUA